CAUGGCGGACCCUAGCGAAGGAAAGCUCCAAACGAUGGAAGUGGACUACAGUUCCACAGUCGAUGAAAAGCUUCCUCUCUGUGAAAAAAUGUCCAAAGAGGGAAGUCUGAAUGAAGCAUUGGAGAUUCUAUUGUCGCUUGAGAAGCAAACAAGAACUGCAUCUGAUAUGCAUUCCACUGCGCGCAUCCUCGUUGCUGUCGUAAAGAUGUGUUUUGAACAAAAGAAUUGGACGGCUCUGAAUGACAACAUCGUACUGCUGACCAAGAGGAGAGGACAACUGAAACAGGCUGUGACGAAGAUGGUACAGGAGGCUUACAGUUAUGUUGAGCAGACACCUGACCUUGAGACGAAGCUCAAGCUCAUCGAUACACUCAUAACUGUCACCGCUGGAAAGAUCUAUGUGGAGAUCGAGCGAGCACGCCUGACGAUGAAGCUAGCCAAGAUUAAGGAAGACCAGGGAGAUGUGACGGAGGCGGCUAACGUCUUACAAGAACUCCAGGUUGAGACGUUUGGUUCCAUGGAGAAGAAAGAAAAGGUGGAGUUUAUCCUGGAGCAGAUGAGACUGUGUCUGGCCAAGAAAGAUUACAUCAGGACGCAGAUCAUCAGCAAGAAAAUUGCCACCAAGUACUUUGAUGAAGACAAAACACAGGAUCUGAAGUUAAAGUAUUACCAGCUUAUGAUUGAGCUUGGUGCACAUGAGAGCUCCUACCUGUCAAUAUGCAAGCACUACCGAGCUGUUUUUGAUACACCCUGUAUCAAGGAGGACAAGGCAAAAAUGCAUGAGGCGCUGAAGUGUUCAGUACUCUACCUGAUAUUGGCUCCCUUCGAUAACGACCAGGCGGAUCUCACCCACAGACUCAAGGAAGAGAAACUGUUGGAAGAAAUUGAACCGUAUAAAAAACUCUUAGAAUGCUUCACAACCUUUGAGAUAAUGAGGUGGAAGGACAUUUGUCAGACGUAUGAAGCAGAGCUGAAGACCGGCUCCACCGGUAGUCCACCGACUGGAGUCUUCAGCAUGAACACAGAGGAGGGGAAGAAGAGGUGGGCCGAUCUGAAGAUCCGCGUUGUUGAACACAACAUCCGUGUAAUGGCCAAGUAUUACACUAAAAUAUACAUGAAGAGAAUGGCUGAUUUGCUGGAGCUAUCACAAGCUGAAACCGAAGAAUUCUUGUCAAAUCUGGUCGUGAAUAAAACUGUGGAAGCCAAGAUCGACCGCUUGGACGGCAUUGUUAGUUUCUCACAAGCCAAGGAUCCUAACGACAUGUUAAACGAAUGGUCGUUUAAUAUCAAUUCUUUGAUGGACCUCGUUAACAAGACGACUCAUCUCAUCACGAAGGAGGAGAUGGUGCAUAAAUUAAGUUGAACAUUAAGAAGUGUAGGACUGUUGGUUAAAUUGACUUUUCCCCUGAACUAAGUGUCAUCCUUUCUGAAGAAAAACAUAUUGGGGAAUUUUGCAUUCAUUGAGUUUGUUCCAACAUUUUAUUCACAAAAUCUUCUGCAUUGGUUGAUCAACAAGCUUUAAACAGGGAUGUAUUAUGAUCCUGGGAGUAACUGAAAUGUGGUCCAUUGCAGUGUUUCAGCUAAAAAUCUGAAAAGGCAGGGCAGAAAAGGGCACCGUCUGAAAAAGGAAGGUGCAGCCCUGCUUUAAAAGGGGUGCAGUGAUGAAGAAAGGGAGGGCCGUUAGAGAAAAUUGAAAAAAGCAGGGUGUCGUGUACUGCUGAUCGGUUUAGCUGAAACAGUAUUUUGGUUCAUGUUGCUUAAUAAAUGUUGAAUAAAGCUCUGCAAAUUAAAAAGGAUAAAUAAAAAAGGAGACUAUUCUAUUCCAGUAUGACAUCAUCAUCAAUUAUUUGCUUUUAAAGAAAGGUUAAUUAAUCAUUCGGGGAUUAAUUGGGUGAAAUGAAUUGACACGGAGAAGAUCUCAAAAAACUGUCUGGACAGAAAUAAAAUUUGAAACUUAAGCCUGUUGACUAUUGCUAUCAGACAUGGGGAGUUUUUGUACUGGUUAUGAUAGUGAGAUUACAUUUGAACGUGAGAGGGAAUGUGUCCAUUUUCCUUGCAGGGAAGUUUGGAAUCUUGACCGAUGUUUGUCCGUCACAAUGUAUCUCACCGAGACAGAUAGAUAUCAAAUUUUCUUGGGUUCUUGGUGUCCCGACAACAGUGUUCUCAUGUGACUGUUUGAAAAUUAAUUUGGCACAAUCUGUCCUCGUUUUCAAUGUGCUUUUCUGUCAGAUGACAUGGGCAUAAAUGUGGGUAAUGUAUCUGGUUAUGCCAACUGUGCAUUUUGUAUUUAAAUAAAGAAUGCUAUU